GCAACCUUGUCACUUGUCAAAACUUUUUGGUUAGGUUUUCAAAUUUGUAAACACAUUAAGAAAUGUCGGAAAACGAUAAAAACAUUGAGACUUCGGACGCCGUUUCGGCCCUCGGCAGCGACGUCACCCGCGAGUCAGUUUCGGAAGUCACCGAGGAGACAGCCAUUGCAGCCCCCCCGAGUUGCGAGACAAUCCCCGCCAUCCACUCGUACCAAAUCAAACCAGUUUUGGCAGACAAAUUCAAGGGUGGAACAGUUAAGGAAAUAAUGCGAAACGUUUUAAGCGAGAAAUUGAGUGGAAAGUCCUACGACCCGGAACAAGUGAAAAAGUGGACAGUUGAUUUGGCCAACGAAAUAAGCGAAAAAGUCACUGAGUUGAAAAUGAAACGUUAUAAACACAUCGUGCAAGUGAUAUUGGGCGAACACAAGGGGGCUGGUGUCAAGUCGGGGGUACGCUGUCUCUGGGACGCCGAGACUGAUGGCUACACGAGUGAGACCUUCUCGAAUGUAGUAUGUCGCAAAUUGGGGUUGUUCACAAUUGACAGGUUUUUUUCAGGACACCAUUUUUUGUUUGGUUGUGGUGUAUGCCGUUUAUUUAUAUUAAAGAAAAAAAAAACUAGUCGGCAGGGUCUUUUUAUUUAUUAAGUUUGUCAUCCUGAUCAAUUCAACAUACAGGAUUCAUAAGUCGGGAUGAGAUAUUUGAUGUUGAUGAAAGCAUCUUCGCCCCCAUAUUUCUCAAGAGUCUCCAAAGUCUCAUUGAUGAUGUCUGCUAAGUUCUCGCCUUUCAUUUGGCUAUAAUCAAUGCCAUCACCACAAUUUACUAAAAUAAAACAUUAAAAAAUUAGUGUAAAACGUGAAACUCACCAUUU